AUGAAAGUUUUAAUCUCCCUUUUUGUUUUGAUGGCUGUUGCCUUGACCAGUGCCCACUAUAACUGUGGUUCCAACAUUUGUAAUCCAUAUUACUCAUGUGUUUUGGAUGGACAUGACUACGGAUGUAUCUUUAGAUGUGAUCGUGUUAUCUUAACUCAAAAGGUUGUAAAGCAAUGGACUGAUGACAACGGUAGCAAACCAUACACUCAAGUCGAAGUAACCAUUAGAAACAAUUCUCCACGUCCAGUUAAUAACGUUGUUAUUGGUGCUGCAGAUGGUACCUUGAACAUUAGAGACGCAACAUCCAUCUGGAACAUUGCUGUAGUUGGAGCUGAUUUUACUCUCCCAUCCUACGCCUCGACUUUGGGUGCUGGCCAAACCUUCACUUUUGGAUACAUCAACAAGGGAAAUCAACCAGCCAACAUGUACCUCAAGUACGUCCAUGUCCUCUAA